CAUGUCCCCCAGGCGUUCCAAGCAAGUCUCGUGCUACUGUGUGCACCAUCAAACGUGAAAAUGACGACCUCGAAAACUUUUACAUGGCAACAAUUGAGCCGACUAAACACAGAACAGAACGCACAUUUAGCUAUUCAUGGAAAGGUUUAUGAUGUCACUAACUUCCUCUUGCGACACCCUGGUGGCAAGGAACUCCUCUUGAUUGGCGCUGGUAGAGAUGUCACGCUUGUAUUUGAAACUUACCAUGCAUUCAGUGACAGGGCUCACAAAUACUUGGAUCAAUUCUGUGUGGGUGAACUUGUAUCUAAUGAGCUUCCCACUUUCAACAAGACUGGGCCUUUUUUUGAAACUGUUAAAAACAGAGUUGACAAGUACUUCAAAGAUACAAAACAAAAUCCCAAGUUCUCCUGGUGGAUGAUGCUUAGAUAUGCACUAAUUCCAAUUGUUGCUCUGGUUUCCUGGUAUUCACAGGUGAUUCUGUUCCCAGAUAAUUUUGUGACUGGGUGUGUUGCUGCUGUAAUAUUGGGAUGGUGUUGUGCACUGAUUGGUAUGGUCAACCUACAUGAUGCAAGCCAUUUUGCCAUUACAAGGAGUCCAUUUGUUUGGAAGUUGGUUGGAUCUGUACAUGACUUCCUGAAUGGUAGCUCUCUACUGGUCUGGACACACCAGCAUGUUCUGGGACAUCACCCAUACACUAAUAUCGAUGGCGCUGAUCCAGACAUCGUGACCUCCCAUGAGCCUGCUGACCUGCGGCGAAUCAAAUGGAGCCAGAAAUGGCUUCCAAUGUAUCUAUACCAGCAUAUCUAUGUACCUCUCAUAUACUGUUUUUUAGGCAUCAAAACAAGAUUUCAAGAUGUGACAAUUUUGUUUGUCAUCAAAGCAAAUGGUGCUAUUCGGAUCAACAACCCGUCCACCACCAACCUCGCCAUCUUUAUCUGUGGGAAGCUGGUCUUUGUAUUCUACAGAAUCAUCAUCCCCUUGGCCAUUCUCUCUUUUUGGAAAACUGUGCUGUAUUUUAUCAUUGCGGACCUGGUGUCCAGUUACUGGCUAGCGCUGGUAUUCCAGGCAUCGCAUGUCGUCAGUGAGGUUGACUGGCCUGAACCAGAUAAAGAAGGCAAAAUACACCAAGACUGGGCUGAGAUGCAAAUCCAAACAACCCAAGACUACGCCACUGAUAGCUGGUUCUGGAACACAUUCACUGGCGCGCUGAAUCACCAGACGACACAUCACCUGUUCCCUGGCAUCAGUCAGUUCUACUACCCACAGAUCACGCCCAUAGUGCGUGAUGCAUGCCGGGAGUUCAACAUUCGCUACAACUACAAACCGACUUUUAGUCAGGCGCUCGGCGCACACAUAGAGCACCUCAGGAGACUGGGACAGAAUAAAAAAACAAGACAAGAGUGACGUUAUGUGCUAAGUCACGUGAUGGCUCUGUUGUCGAAAUGAUUGCUUGGUGGGCCAGCGUUCUUUGUGUUCGCUUUCUAACAAGGCCAGUUUAACAAUUGAUCGGCGGUUUCGCGGCGCCGAGGCAUGAAUUUAACGAAACGGUUAAUAUUUAACAUUUGUCUUCUCAAGGCUUGCUCGGCAAGAUAAUAUUCUUAUGCUUGUGACGAUUAGUUGGGGAAGGACUUAUUUUUUUAUACUUUUGUAUUACUAAGUUUCAAACUAACUGCUUUUUUUAGUUUUGUGCAACCUCGAGAACGUUUCUAAGAGGCACUUACAUUUGCACGCUACGCUGACACGCUAAAAGAGUGUUAUAUCAUACUUACAUUAAAAAAGUUCAAAAAAAUAAAUAAUAAAAUUAAGCAGAAUAAACAUAA